GCAGCCUUGCAGCAGGACUGCGGUGAUAAACAAACACACGCAGAGCUGCGGGACUUCAGCAGCAGACGACCUUCUUCGGUGACAAAAACGCUUCCAUUAUUUAGGAUUGACCCUGUAAAGGGAAAGGUCCAGGGUUGUGUGCCCCUCCUCUCCUUCCCUCCCCCUGCUCGCCCCGCGGAGUCGGCUUAUGUGACUCUCGUCCCGACGCGGAACCGACGGAGCCAUGACGGAGCUGAGGAGAAGAGGCGGCGGCGGGGCAGAGCCCGACAGCCCCGACAGCAUCCCCGACAACAGCCCCGACAACACCAGCGACAAGGAGGGCGACAGCGAUGACAGGCUGGGGCUGGCGGGCGAUGCCGAGGGAGAAGGCGACGUUGACUCCAAAGCAGACACUCCAGACGUCCCUCCGUCCACAGCAGACACGGACAACACUCCAGAGUACCUGAACAAAGCCCUGCAGGGCCUGCCGCCCAGAUGGAAGAAUUACUGGAUACGAGGAGUUUUGUCCUUAGCCAUGAUUUCAGGCUUUUUCCUCAUCAUCUACAUGGGACCCAUCACGCUGAUACUGGUGGUCAUGGGCGUUCAAAUCAAGUGUUUCCAUGAAAUCAUCACCAUCGGCUACAGAGUCUACCGUUCCUACGAGCUGCCUUGGUUCAGGACGCUGAGCUGGUACUUCCUGGUUUGUGUCAACUACUUCUUCUACGGUGAAACGGUUGCAGACUACUUCGGGGUUCUGGUGCAGCGGGAGGAGCCUCUGCAGUUCCUGGCUCGCUACCACCGCUUCAUCUCCUUCGCCCUGUACCUGGCGGGUUUCUGCAUGUUUGUGCUGAGUUUAGUGAAGAAACAUUACCGCCUGCAGUUUUACAUGUUUGCUUGGACCCAUGUGACUCUGUUGAUUGUGGUAACUCAGUCCCACCUUGUCAUUCAGAACCUGUUUGAAGGAAUGAUCUGGUUCAUUGUUCCCAUCUCCAUUGUGAUCUGCAACGACAUUGGGGCGUAUCUGUUUGGAUUCUUCUUUGGGAGGACUCCACUUAUCAAGCUUUCACCCAAGAAGACGUGGGAGGGCUUCAUCGGGGGUUUCUUCUCCACCGUGGUCUUCGGCUUCCUUCUGGCGUACCUGCUGGCUCAGUUCCAGUACUUCGUGUGUCCCGUGGAGUUCAGUGACAGCCACGGCUUCACAGUGGCGUGUGAGCCAUCCGACAUCUUCGUGAUGCAGGAGUACACUCUCCCCGCCAUGCUGCAGAAGACGCUGAAAUGGAAAACGGUGAACCUGUACCCCUACCAGAUCCACAGCAUCUUCCUCUCGUCCUUCGCGUCGCUCAUCGGGCCGUUCGGGGGCUUCUUCGCCAGUGGCUUCAAGAGAGCAUUCAAAAUCAAAGACUUCGCCAGCACCAUCCCCGGUCACGGAGGCAUCAUGGACCGCUUCGACUGUCAGUACCUGAUGGCCACGUUCACUCACGUCUACAUCGCCAGCUUCAUCAGAGGGCCGAACCCCAGCAAGGUGAUGCAGCAGCUGCUGAUGCUGCAGCCGGAGCAGCAGCUCAGCAUCUUCAACACGCUGCACUCCCACCUGCGGGAGAGGGGCAUGCUGCCGCCGGCCGCCGCCGAGUGAAGCCCCGCCGGCUUCAGAGGACGACCGGAGAGUGCAGGAGACGCUUUCUGACAGUUUGUGUUCGCAUGUACACACGAGUGCUUCUGGCGUUCGAGCCCGGACCUCCUGUCACAGCAGCAUCAUCUUCAUUAUCAUCCUCCUCCUCCUCCUCCUCCUCCUGUCGGCUCUUUGAUCAAAAACCCACUAAACACAGCUAAAGUAGGUGACUGUGAUGUUUUUGUUUCCCCUCUUGGACCGUAGCCGGCUGCAUCACGCUCCAACAGACUGAACACGAGUAAAAGCACACGGUUUUCCGGCGCAGGUGGAUGCUGGAUGUGCACUUUUGCUGCAGACGGUUAACAUUGCACUGACUUUUGCUCUGAGGAAUAAUUUUAAAAAGAAAAAAAAGACGACGUGAGGAGCUUCCACCAGCAUAAACUGGACAGCAGCGAUCGGACUAUUGACGCGCGUCUCUCUGGGUUUGGGUGAAGCUACGAUGCAGCAGGAUCAUCAUACUUACUGUCGUAGAAACUAUGCUCCAUCUAAUGCUACUGAACCCACGGCUUAACUUAACUUCUAGCAUGUUUCAAAUCCUGUCUUAGGCUCCUGCUACAUGAAGAAACGUUUAUUCUCCACGUACUCGGCGUGAAGGUUUAGGUUUCUAGUAGAGCAUCGUCUGCACAGUCGACACUUGAAGUAAUAUGUUGUACAUAGAAAUACUUAAAAUAUUUAGCCGAACAAAUACCUUAAUAUAUGACUACUUUCUGAGAACUGCUGUGGGGAAGAAAAAAAAAAACAAAAAAACACUUAAGCUAUGAAGAAUGAUAUGCAAAAAAAAGAUAAGUCAUUUGUAGCCUUUAGCAUGAACAAACUAGGUUUUUAAGAGGUAGCGAUGUUGAUGUGAUCCAAAGUUAUUUAAAGCGCGUUCACAUUGUGAGACGAAUGCAAAAGGAAAUCCUGACGCGCGAACCGAAGUACUCUUGUCUUUACUGAGGGUUUUAUUUUUUAGGGGCCGGCUAAGAAGGUCAACGCCACCAUCAGUUGGGAAAUCUUCCCUCCAAUUCCUGUGAAGCUUGCACGCCAACGAUCAUCUGACUGUCUUUUCCAAAUGUUGUUUCCGCCACUACUCCACGCACUUCCGGCUGUUAUUUGCGUUUGCUUGGUUGCCAAGCAACACGUCCACCAGGGGGCAGUGACGAGUCAGCUGCUGAUGUCGAUUUGCGUGUUUUCUGAAUCAGGAAAGGUGAUUUGCGGUGACAUUUACAGAAACGCUGAAUUGGGACGGGUUUAAAAUCACAGACCUUCCCCAUGGCGAUCACGAAGCACCCUGGAUAGUUUUAAUCCCGUACGAAACUGACGAUGAACGUACCUUUCAACACUAAACCGUGUCCCCCAACUUUCUUUCUUCAUUUUCAUUAUUAUUACGUUUAACGAUUGACUCAAUACUGCCCCCCCCAUCACUACUGGUGGCUGGUGAUUGCUCCGUUUGCUCUCGUCUGUUUUCGUGAGUGCAAACCACCCGGAAGAAAUCAUCGUACAUCUGUUUGUUCCAGGCGUUUCCCUUGCCAGCCCACAUUCCCGCAACGUGCGUCAUUUGCAUCGGUAUGGUUGCUAAGCAACACUUCCGCCGGGGGCAGUGACAAGUGGUGGAGUUUCUUGGAGCAAACUCGCAUCACUUUUCAUCGACAUUCACCGCAUCGUGUAAAAAUGGUGUAUCUAAGAGCAUCUUCGCCAUAACCGAUCUUUGGCGGACCCGACAGGGGUCUUUCGGCCAAUCACGGUAAGGGGACUGUGUCGAUCCCAUUACAUGCUUGGUAACGUUGCUUAAACCAGACUUUAACGGACGGCGGCAGUAGUUUGGAGGUAGAUCUCUGAUGAUAUACGCUUUAUGAAUUGACAGCUAGGUAAAAAUUUGCUAAACAGGUUGGAAACCUCUUAGUCGCGCCUGUUGCGUCCCACCAAAGGUGCGAAGAGGCUCUCAUGUACACGCUUCACGUGAAUGACAUUUUUGAUUCAGACAUCGCCCUCCACAACCGCGAGUUUGUGCGAGAGCUUCACGGGAGUAGACUUGCUGAAACGAGUGGCGCUAAUCUUCUCAUCUCGCCUUCCAAAAGGGUGGAACCUUUAAAGAAAGGUGGUGCUCUGUUUUUGUUCAUAUUAGUUGAAGUUGCACUGUAAUCGGGGGUGUCGGUGGUGGGUUGGAGGUGUCGGGGUUCGGGGGCUCCUGAAGAUUCCCACGUCCUCGGACUGAACUUCGGUUUGAAAAUUUUACUAUUUUAGAGUGUUUUUACACAUUUAAUCACAUAUUUGAGUGAGUUUUGAAUGUAGUUUGCAAUACGAGAUGUUAUCAAUGAUGACGUGAGAUUUGAUUAUUUGUAGAGCUUAUAUACUCUGUAGAGUAAAGACACGACUUUACGGACACGCGGCUACAACCGUACGCUCACUCGGCCGCGGCCCGAGUGUCGGGGGGGUCAGGAAUUUUUGGCGCUUUGAAGCGUCAGCCAAUCAAAUUACAGGUUCUCACCAAUGAAAUCAGUUUCAAAGAACACUAAAGAGCACAAAAUUUUCAAUUAGUUUUGUUAUGACGUGAUUAAGAUACGUCAGAGGCAUCUGCGGUCGAGCGCUAAAGCGAAGCUGCCGCGUGAGCGUACGGGGCGAGCGUACUAAAACUCUGGGAGGUGGUUUUCUUAGCAAUGUUGUUUCUUAUGAAUAUGGAGAGAAAUAUUUGACUAUUUCUGGUGAAUCACACGUUUACCGACGUGACGACUCGGACGACGCGUCACAAGCAUGUCACGAUGUUUGCGGUGGGAUCCUCUGAUUGUGGGAGAAGAGUUUACCAAAGCACUGUCUGAGCAACACUGAUUGCCCUCCGAGGGGCCCCUGGCCCCCCCUGGCCCCCCCUCUGCCGGGGGCCUGCCCUGCCGGUCAGGUCCCUCCUGUCCCCACAACCUGCUGCUUAGGGACCGGAACGUUUGGGACUUCGCUGCAGACCGGAGGACCCAACAACCUCUGGGUGUUUGUUUUAAACCGACAGUUGUUGGUCAGAAAUGAUGUAAUUUAUUUUUCUGUUUUCUUCUGUUCAUGUUUCUUCAUAGAAGUGCAUUUUAGGGCCCCCUCCCCCGUGGGAAUGCUGAUUGGGUAAACUACAGUUUCGGGACCAGCUGUGCUGUAUAAACUUUGUAAUAAAACAAGCAUUACAAGUCAAAUGUGCACCCAAAACCCCGCCAAACGCGUGCAGCUAAUCUGUUCUUCAGAUUCUCCAAACACGUUUUCACAUAUAGAAAUGCCAGGAUAUCGCGACUGGGGGCCGGAAUUUUAAUAUAAAAGAAUCAUAGUCAUUUUUACCUGAUUUUAUUUAUUUUCGUUUAUUUUAAUUAGUUUUUGAAAGGCACAGGUAGUCCUCCGCUUGGGAACGUUCGGAUUGGGAACCAUCCAUCUGAGCGAGAUGGUUCUCAAGUCCAUAUCGGCGUGUUUUUCCCGCUACGACGAACUGCCGACGUCUGCGGGGAAACUUCUCCAGAAGUGUAACUACCAGAAACAAAAGUAGUUGGGCCGGCAGGUUGGCUUGUAUCUUCUUCUAGGCGUUUCCUGCUUCUGCCCAACAUUUAUCAGCCGUAACUCGCAUUAAAUCUCCGUUGCCAUGUUUGAGCUACAUAAAGGAAGCGAAGGGGAAAAAACAAAUACGCUGCCACCUAGUGUUUGGUGGUGAUAUUACACGGCGACAAAUAUAACAAGCAACAGCAGCUGUGACGUUGGUGGCAUACGUGGGUGUCGUGCAUGGCGGUGGCGGCGCCCGUGAAGCUGUUCAGGAGUGUCCACAGAUAAAUGCAGGAGAAACGUUGGACUGAACAGCCUCCCGGAGCGGAGCCGCUUAUAAAUAGCGGAUUCACCGCCGCUAUUAUGAAGGAAGAGACAAGAUGCACAAACAAGAACUUUAUUUGUGUGCUGAAUCCCCGUUUGACAGCUCAUAAAGGGAAGUGCACGUACCCACGCUUUUAUGAAUCUGACAGGAAGUUUGAACGGUUCGUUGUUGACGGUUUUGGGCCCUGGACGGUGUCGUCUUCCAUCACGUGAUCAGAGUCUGGACUGAGCCGCCAGAAGAAUCAACGCCCCUCAGUUUUAUUCAGGCCUGAAAAAGAAGGGACCGUCUAGGUCUAGGAGUUUCUUUUUGUCUCGCCGAUAAUUGAUCCAGUUUUAUUUAAAGUUUCUUCAUGAAAGAAUUUAAUUUGACAGUCCAGUCCCAGAAUGCUUCUGUUUUUAUUUUUUUUUAAAUUUUAUUUAUUUUUUGCUUCAUUUUGAUUUGUUUUCAGUUAUUUUUAAUUAUAUUUAAACUUCAGUUUUAUUUUUUUUGUAUACUUUUUUUUUCACUUAAUUUACUUUUUUUUGUUUAACUUAAUUUAACGUUUGUUUUAAUUUAUUUCCUGUAAUUUCAGAAAAAAAGGACUAAACACUCGGUUUUAAUGAAACCCAUCACCAGUUGGAAGAACAUGUAAUACAUCAGUUUUCAAAAUAGACGUUUGUUCUGUCGGCUCAGUCGAGACUUCAUGGGCGUUCUUCGGCUCCGAGCCAUCGUUGGACCUCGUUUAGUCAUAAAACCACAUAAAAGUAGAAACAUUUUAAACUGGCAUUUGUCGGUCUAAUUUAUCAUUUUGUGGGUUUUUUGUUUUGAGUAAAAACGUUUUCUAACGACAGCCUGUUGCUUUUGGAGUUAAUAUUAAAAAUGAUGCUGGUAAAGAUCAGUGAAGUCGUGUGUAGACCACAUACUGGGCUCAUGUUGGGAUGAUGUGCAGCCGUUUAUUGUACGGACGCCAAUAAAGUUGUUUUCUUUAAAA